AUUUGCCGUACUAAUAUGGGCAGGGGACCAGAUCACCACUCAUUCAGAGUCCUUUCAGAGCCCUUUCUUACCUCUGUGUCUCUCUCUUCUCUCCGCUCAUCUCCUCGCUCUCUUGGCUAGGAUUUCGAUAAGUAAAGCAGCUUGUUUGCGGAGAUUUUUGGGUCUGCUCUUCCAAUACUGAUCCGUGUGCAUAUCGAAGCCGGUAAAGCUAGAUUGCAUGCUAUUUUGAUAGUUUUUUCAGAAGUUAUGGAUGCAUGGGAAGGGUUCUGAGCUGACAUUAAUAAUAUCCAGUUUUCAAGUUUUGGUGUGAUUUAUAUGUGCAUAUUGAGGCUGAUUUUUUGAUGGAAAAACGGGCAUAUUAAGGAGUUGGGAUUAAUUAGACUGCUGGCGGCGAUCUCCAAACUUGGGGUUUGCGUGAAAUUCUUGGAAGUCGAUAGUUAUGGAUCGUGGUGUCCGGGAGUUGUCUGGGUUGAUGAAUGGGUUGAGGUAUGAUGAUAUUUACUCUGGUCAGAACAACGUGAAUGGUCUUAGAUUCGGACAGUCACAGCCGCCCUCCUUGAAUCACAGCAACCGUAUGAACUCGACCCAAAUGUUCCCUGGCACCAACCCUACAAAUCCAGAUGGCAAUCUUUCAUCCGGUCGUCAUGCAAGUCCCGGAGGGGACAGCCCAGAAGAUUUUGAGAUCUCCUCGGAUAUAGCCCUCAACUACAUAAGCCGGAUGCUCAUGGAGGAGGACAUAGAUGAGAAGGUCAGUAACUACCAGGAGGAGUCGGCCCUUCAAGCUGCAGAGAAACCCUUCUAUGAGAUCCUCGGUCAGAAGUAUCCGCCUUCACCUGAUCGGCCGCCGCUCUAUUCGCAGCACGGUCUCGAGAGCCCCGACGAGAACUACGGAAACUCCAACAGCGGUAGUAAUAGCAGCGGCGCGACGGAAAACAACAGCUGGGCUCAUGAUUUUGGUGAAUACCAGCAAUCGCAGGCUUUCCCUGCCUCGCUCGAGCUCCCUUACCAGUCUUCACUGAGCUCCUCCAGCAGUGUUGGCAAUGUCGCCGAAGCAUUAGAAGAGUCCCUGAUCAGCACGAGUAGGCUUCGCGAUCUACUGAUCGAAAGCCUGCCUGCUUGGCAGUUCAGGAGAGGGGUCGAAGAGGCACGCAAGUUCCUUCCCAGCAACGAUAAGCUGAUCAUUGAUUUAGAGGCCAAUGGGGUGUCGUCGUUACCUCGGGAGCCGAGAACCGGUGGUGGUUUUGUGGGGGUCAAGGCGGAGGAGGAGCCGGAAUAUGCUAUUUAUGGGUCCAGAGGUCGGAAGAAUCUGCACCGCGAAGACUUGGAUCUGGAGGAGGGGAGGAGCAACAAACAGUCAGCUAUUUACUCCGAGGACACCAUCCGGUCCGAAAUGUUCGAUUUGGUUUUGCUCUGUCAAGGAGACAAGUGUUCGAAGAAGAUGUCCGAUCUACGGGAGGCAAUGCAGAACGAAGCAAACAGGAAUGCACAGAGCGAUCAUGGUAGAGGACCGACCGGCGGGAAGGCACGAGGGAAGAAGCAGACCAAGAAAGAAGUGGUGGAUCUCAGAACUCUGCUCAUACAUUGCGCUCAAGCGGUGGCGGCUGAUGACCGUCGGACUGCGGGCGAGCUACUGAAGCAGAUCAGGCAGCACUCUUCGUCGAAUGGAGAUGGAACUCAGAGGCUGGCAUGUUGCUUUGCUGAUGGACUCGAGGCCCGCUUGGCUGGCACGGGCAGCCAGAUCUAUCACACCCUUGUGGCGAAGCGAACGACUGCUACUGAUAUAUUGAAAGCAUACCAUCUCUAUCUGGCGGCAUGCCCUUUCAAGAAGGUUUCGCAUUUCUUUGCUAACCAGACGAUCCUCAAGGUUGCAGAGAAGGCGUCAAGGGUUCACAUCAUAGAUUUCGGCAUUUAUUUCGGCUUCCAGUGGCCGUGCCUCAUCCAACGUCUUGCGGGCAGGGCUGGGGGGCCUCCAAGGCUGCGGAUUACCGGCAUCGACGUGCCCCAGCCCGGUUUCCGUCCGACGGAGCGGAUAGAAGAGACGGGGCGUCGGCUGGCAGAUUACGCCAAAAGUUUCGAUGUUCCUUUCGAGUAUCAAGGCAUUGCAUCAAAAUGGGAGACCAUCCGCGUGGAGGAUCUCGGAAUCGACAGAGAUGAGGUGGUUGUCGUCAACUGCCUGUACCGCUUCAGGAAUCUUGUGGACGAGACCGUCAUUGUCGACAGCCCGAGGAAUAAAGUCCUCAACACUAUAAGGAAGAUGAACCCUGAUGUUUUCAUCCAUGGAGUUGUGAAUGGAUCGUACAGUGCUCCCUUCUUCGUAACACGCUUCCGCGAGGCCCUGUUUCACUACUCCGCGUUGUUUGACAUGCUUGAAACCAAUGUGCCGCGGGAGGAUGAACAGAGGUUGCUGAUUGAGAGGGAUCUCUUUGGACGGGAUGCUCUUAACGUGAUAGCGUGCGAGGGCUCGGAAAGGGUGGAGAGGCCGGAGACCUACAAGCAGUGGCAGGUCAGGAAUCUCAGGGCUGGGUUCACGCAGCUCCCUCUGAACCCGGAAAUCAUGAAGAAAGCAAAGGAUAAAGUGAAAAUCCAUUAUCACAAGGACUUCAUUAUAGAUGAAGACAGUAGGUGGCUGCUGCAGGGCUGGAAGGGGCGAAUCAUCUAUGCACUCUCCGCAUGGAAGCCUUACGAGACCUAGUCUAUUUCCCGAAUAUUUUCCAACUCCCUGUAUGCUCCAAAGAAAAAGGCCUCGCUUUCUCCUACAUUUGGACCUUGAUUUGCCUCUACAGUACUUUUCCAAGGCUUGUGGCUUUCGUAUCUUCUAUUUUAAUUUUCAAACGUGGAUAUUGACUGAUUCUAUAAUGAAUGGCUUGUGGUGGUGUUUCAGAUGUCUUGGACCAGCUUGUUUCCGAGGAAGGGCUACAAGGUCCGCUGUUGGUCAGCGUCUCUGGCUGCUGAAGCUCAUUAAACUGUGGACCAGUAAGGAUGACCGAGGUCCUGUAAAUGACUGAAACUAGGAGCUAAAGGGGAAUUAGAGAGCAAACAGCAGAGGAUAAUGUAAACAGUCUUGUAAUCUCCCAACACAUGGAGGAUAUGCUUAUCUUGUAGUAGGUUGGAUUUGUAAGAAAUUAUGUUGAAAUCUUAGAUAAAUGAUAGAAACAUAAGUACCCAAGGAUCUCUGUUUCUUUUUUAUCAGGCUUUUGUCAGCGAGCCAUUAUCCUCUCUCGAAUGCAAGAUGUGCCUAUUUUCCUUUUCUUC